AUGGGUAACGCUGACACAAAAUUGAAUUUUAGGAAAGCUGUGGUACAACUUACCUCUAAAACUCAACCUAUUGAAUCAUCGGACGACAGUUUCUGGGAUCAAUUUUGGUCUGAAAGUGUAACAAAUGUGCAAGAUGUUUUUGCGCUGGUGCCAGGUGCUGAGAUCCGCGCUUUACGUGAGGAGUCACCGAAUAAUUUAGCGACCCUUGUGUACAAAGCUGUUGAAAAGUUAGUGAAGAUGGUCGAUAGCAGUUGCAGAACCCAGAGAGAGCAACAGACAGCACUCAACUGCGCUCGACUGCUAACAAGAGUUUUGCCAUAUAUGUUGGAAGAACCUGAAUGGCAUGGUUUCUUCUGGUCAUCGUUACCAGCUGCAGGUGAAAAUGAGUCUGUGCCGUUAGCUCAGUCGCUCAUCAAUGCAGUUUGUGACCUCCUUUUCUGCCCGGACUUCACAGUGGCCAGCACGAAGCGCUCGGGGCCUGAGCGUGCUGAAGAACUAUCAUCUCUGGAUAGCUGCGAGUACAUCUGGGCAGGUGGCGUGGGGUUCGCCCGCACCCCGCCUCGGGUCUCGACGCAUGAGGCUGCGAGGACAGAGCUGCUGCGUCUCAUGCUGACGUGCUUCAGUGAGACGAUAUACAAGCCCACCUCACACGCAGCUACGCAUCAUAAUAAAUGGAUCGCAUACUUGACAAGCCCAGAGAACCGUCACGCCUUGCCCCUGUUCACUUCGCUGUUGAACACGGUAUGUUCCUAUGACCCCGUCGGUCUUGGACUGCCGUACAACCAUCUACUCUUCGCUGAUACGGUGGAGCCGCUCGUCGAAGUAGCGUUACAAGUACUCAUAGUGACACUCGACCAUGACACCAGUAAUGCGGUCAACGAAGAUUCCGAGGAAACUCUUCCGGACAACCUUUUCAUCAACUACCUCUCUAGAAUCCAUCGAGAUGAGGAUUUCCAGUUCAUCCUACGAGGAGUCACGCGACUAUUGAACAAUCCUUUGGCGCAGACGUAUCUCCCCAACUCGUCCAAAAAGGUUAACUUGCAUCAGGAACUGCUGGUACUGUUCUGGAAGAUGUGUGAUUAUAACAAGAAAUUUAUGUACUACGUGUUGAAGAGUAGCGACGUUUUGGAGGUGUUGGUGCCUAUUCUUUAUCACCUCAAUGACUCGCGCGCUGAUCAGUCUCGAGUAGGUUUAAUGCACAUCGGGGUGUUCAUAUUGCUGUUGCUAUCCGGGGAACGCAACCUGGGCGUGCGGCUCAACAAGCCGUACACAGCCACUGUGCCUAUGGACAUACCGGUGUUCACCGGUAGCCACGCUGAUUUGUUGGUCGUCGUGUUCCACAAGAUCAUCACUACUGGACAUCAGAGAUUGCAGCCGCUGUUUGAUUGUUUGCUCACCAUAUUGGUGAACGUAUCACCGUACCUGAAAACAUUGUCGAUGGUGGCUUCGACCAAACUACUUCACUUGCUGGAGGCGUUCAGCACACCAUGGUUCCUGUUCUCCCAAGCCCAUCACCAUCACUUAGUGUUCUUUCUGUUGGAGAUGUUCAAUAACAUGAUACAAUAUCAGUUUGAUGGUAACUCGAACCUGGUGUACACGAUAAUCCGCAAGCGCGCCGUGUUCCACAACCUGGCCAACCUGCCGCACGAGCACGCCGCCAUCGCCCGCUCGCUGGCCGCCGCCCGCGCCAAGGGCCACGCGCCGGUCCGCUCCGCCCUGCCCAGGUCCCGCAGCGCGGAGUCGGUGGCGGAGACGCCGAUGGAGGGCUCGCGGCCGGCGCAGCCCGCCGAGCCCGGCACGCUCAACCCCACGCUCCCCGACACGCCCGCGAUCAGCACGAUGACAGAACGUGAAUCUGCUCAUCCACCCGCAGCGCGGAUAGAGGGUGAUCCAACCGACAAGUCGGAUAUAUCCGACAAAUCGGACACACAGUCAGACAUCCAAAUACCUGAUAAGUUAGAUACUGUUGAGGAGGGGGAGCUGAAAGAGCCCAGGGAUAGACUCCUGCCGCAGAGAGCGGGACCUGACGGUGAGGAUAGAAAGGAUGAUGAAGAAGAUGUAGACGGGGAGAAGAGGUCUAUCGCGCAUAGGGACAGCCUAACGACGGGGGCGGCGGGCGAGCGGCGCGGCGAGGCGGGGGGCGGUGCGGGGGGCGGGGCGUGGCGCGCGUCGGCCGAGUGGGUCGCCACGUGGCGCGGCAAGCUGCCGCUGCAGACCAUCAUGCGCCUGCUGCAGGUGCUCGUGCCGCAGGUCGAGAAGAUCUGCAUCGACAAAGGCCUAACAGACGAGUCGGAGAUCCUCCGGUUCCUGCAGCACGGCACGCUGGUGGGGCUGCUGCCGGUGCCGCACCCCAUCCUCAUCCGCAAGUACCAGGCCAACGCCGGCACCGCCGCCUGGUUCCGCACCUACUUGUGGGGGGUUAUUUAUAUACGCAAUGUUGACCCGCCUAUAUGGUACGACACAGACGUCAAGCUAUUCGAAAUACAGCGGGUGUAG